AUUAAUUCUCCAUCAAGUCCGUCGUAGAGAAUACAGUGAUCAUAAUCUACCUUCAAUUCCACCUCCAUAUAGCGUCAAGAUCUAGCUUUUUCAUCAUGUCCGACACGUUGUCCCCAACACCGAGGAAGGUGGAGGCUCAUCCUUACAAUGGUAUGUGUAGCAGCACGAGCUAAAGAUAACAUGCUUACUUUUGAACCUGUAGGCUUUGAACGGGAGUAUGCUCUUCCUGCACUGCCACUUUGACAUGAAGCAAACUGCUAAUUGCGUGGCAGAGGAGUGCCCAAAGGCAAAUAUGCCGAGAAAUCGUAUGUCGGGACAUAUUGUGUUACACCACUCGAUGUUUCUUGUUUUGGGCGCUUGUCGAAGGACUACGAAAAAAUCGGACUCUUAUUACUUUCCGAUUCAGACGGUACCUGCCACGACAGUAUGAUGUUGGCAGAUCAAUUUGCACAGGCAGGAAUUAAAAGCCGUGUUUGCGGCUACACUGGAGUAAUUGGUCCUCCAUGAGCAGUCAACAUGAAAGCAAGGCACAUAACGCACUCUGAAGAAAAAGCCGAAAAAAUUAUCGACGAUGCCAUCAAAGAUAUAGCAGGGCCCAGGUAUGGAGCCAAGCAUGUUCUGAGGCAUCUCGCCAACCCAGACAGGGAAGACUGUAUCAUGGUGGCGGGAUUCAUUGCCUCCCCUGAAGGUGCACCAAUUUGCACCCUUGAUGCAUUCUCGGGUGUCAAGAGGCCACUAAGCAUAGCCUGGGCAGAAGACCCCGAGAGUAAGACUAAUGCCAUCGAACGAGAGAAAAUUCGAGCAGCUAUGGACACAUGGACGGGACCCUAUCAAAUUAACCUCUACAGCCAUAUUAGAGAUGGGUUUGCUAUAAGACGUGAUGUUACAAGGAAGAUGGAGAUAUUCGCAAAGAGACAGGCCUUUGUUCAAGCUCUAUAAUGGUUCAACUUCUAUCUCUUCGAGGACAGUGUGGGCAAGUAGCACCCAGAGAAUUUUCUUGCGUUGGGAAACAAAAUUGUUUAUAGAAGCGCCGUAA